AUGUCUUCUAUCAAUUUUAGAAAUUUGAUUCAGUGCGUAAUCUUUUUUUAUUUUUUUAUGUCUAUGAAACUAGUGUAUAUAAAAAUUAAUUACACUUUAUUAUAUAAUUGAUAUGGUCAUCAAAGAGUAAAUAUAAAAAAAUAUAAUUUUGAGAAGCAGCCGUAAAUCCGCAACACUUUUGCCACAUUUGCGCUCUACGGACAAGUUGCGAGUCUAAGGGUAUCAACAAGUGAAAAAAAGUUUCUUUUGAACUUUUUGAUAAAAGGUUUUCAUGUAACAAUUUAGUAGAAAGAACAAAAAAACAUUGAAUUUAACAACGAUAAAACACUGUGGGCAUUUUUUUUUAGCUUUGAAAUUUUUCAGUGUUUUCGAUAACGUCAUCAAAGACCCGUGCCGAGCAAUUGACGAAGUUUUGGGGAACUUUGUCGAGGAGGAGUACCGUAUUGAAACGUUCAACUUGGACCCUCUACAAGUAAAAAGAAUGAUUUCGGAUCUUUAAAAUUCGAAUAUUGUUCAGCUUUAUACAUCAAUUUAUGGAAAGCCUAUCGAGACCCCGGAAAAGGCUUUGCAAGACGAGCAGGUGUCUCAGGUUGAUUCGUACGACUUUGUAAGGAGCUAACAGUUCUAUUCAGGUCCUCAGUAAUUCAUUGUCGUUUUUGGCGAAAUGGAGCGAGCUUAUCACCAAUGCACUUUUCAUGACCUACAAACUUCCGUAUAUCGACGAAUUUUUAGAGUUGAGAAUUUUCUGAUUUUUAGACGGAGCGCCAUUUAUAUUUGCGUGCAGCUUGAAGCUCAGCUCCGGUAUUAUUUCCCGUCGGCGUCAAGCGCUGAAGUCGAGCAGAUGGUCGCGCAGUUCGCCUACGAGGUUGUUCAACAACCGUUUCUAGACACGGAUCUUCAGGUGUUCCUGAGCCGAAGCUUGAGUUCUACGAAGAACCAAGUCCGUGCCCUGGGUAAACAGCCGUCUGCGGAUGCGUUCCAGAAGCUCGAUUGCAUUCUGCAGUUUGUUGGGUUCGCCGUUCUUAACCGUGGUGUAAGUCGUUUUUUUCAAUGUUUCCAAAGAAAAAUAGCCUUGUGAACUUUUUAAUAACAUUAUCAGCUAUUUUUUGCAGUAUGGCAACAACAAAUGGUACCUGACGUCACUGAACAAACAAAUCCACACCAUUCACAAGGAUUUCACGUGAGCAACGACGUCAUUCUUGAUGUCAUAAUCACUUGCGUUUAGAAAGUUCGUGAAGGAUUCGGCUCGCGGCGUGAGUCUGGACGAUGUGUAUGGCCUCAACGAGUACACGCAGUUCGAUCCCUUCCAGAAGCCUACGUUGAGUCUUCUGGAGAAGCACGUCUACACAGUUGUCGAGCAGCUCCAGAAGAAUGCCACAAUUGUUUGUUGAGCUCUUUCCUUCCCAAACGAUCAAGGUUUUCCGGUCUGUGACAACAAGAAAGAGCUCAUUUCGACGUUGAUUGCGUCGGCCAAAGUGUCACCGUCGGGCGAGAAUGACAAGACCAUUCUCCUACAGCUGCACCCCUCGCCGACCGAGAGAGUCGUCAACGGGAUCGACGUUCAGGAAUUUGCCAGGUUCCUGGUAAUCAUAAGGAAGACUCAUUUCACCUCUCAGAGCGAAAAAACUUGUCGUCGACCUUCUUUUGUGCGAACUCGCAGGCUCCACUUUGCCUCAGUUGCUCAACGCCUCUCCUACAGUCUCCAAUGAAGAACUUCACAAAUCCCUAUUCGGAGAUGAUCAGAUGUAGGCUAUAGAAGCGAUUUUCCGAGCAAUCAGUUUUUUUUCUCAGCACUUCUAUCAGAGAGAAGCAGAGAAACUUGAAUGAGAGUUUGAAUAACCUCGAGAAGGAUGGCCGUUCCAGCAGUUCGGAUAACUAUCAGAGUGUUGUGACGGAUAUCGCUAAUGUCAGUCGUAUUUGUCGAAUUAAGUCUUGAAAAGAAUGAACUACAGGACAUUCGUCUUCAUGCGCGGCGGCAACGAGAACGCGCCGAGCAGAAAAAAAGCGUUCAAGAAGCUAGGGAGAAGCUUCUGGUUCAGCGUGAAGAGUUGAAGGCGAAGCUUGCGCAGUACGAAGAGUACCUGGAGACGUGUCUGCAGAACCUGACCCGCACCAGCCGGUAGAACAUUUCCUAGGAACUCCAGAGUGGUCCCUAUAACCUUAUAAGUCAUUAACUAAAAUACCUAUAGGGACCACUUGAGCUUUAGGAGCCAAGGGAGCAGACCGUAAACUCCUAUUGGGAUCACUUUUCGGCCCCUAUAGGGGCUGUUUGUUCCCUCAAUCACUAUAGUUAUCACUCUGGAAUCCCUAAGUUCAUCAGUGGUUUCUUCAAUUUGCGUGAUUUCAGAAGACUUUCUUUCCGUCCGGUUACAGAGAAGGCCGGCAAGAUUCAGAAACAGCGCGCUUCCCUAGACCAAGCCAAGUCAUACAAAAGCUCGGCCGAAAAGCUUUUCAGGUCUUUUUUACCUGUUUUUCAAUUCUAGAAGUGAUUUUUUUUCAGAAAAGGUAUUCUCGUUGACGUAAUCGGAAUACAGACGCCCAAGCAGAUGUCCAAGCUCUCGGUGGAGAUCGGCUCGACGGCCGACCUCGGAAUUUUCUCAGUGUCGCUACUCGACUCGAACAAGACCGUCGAGACUCAUUUACUCGAAUUCCAGGCACUUUUGAGCUCUAUCUUCACAGUUCCAAUCGUCUUAUUUUGCAGGAUCUUCUGAAGGCGGAUUCGAACGAGGAACAGAAGUACAUGCUGCAGGAUCGUGUCGUUUUCGACGUCCCUCAUCUCAUUCAAUACAUCAACAAAAAGUUUUUCAACAAAUGA